AUGGAUUCUUUGAUCAAAAAACCUCAUGUUUAUAUAAAAAACCAAGAAUUGGUUAAAGAAAAAUUAUUCAAAAUGUGUAAUGAUGGGAAAGAUGGUCUUAUGGUAAUAUCUGAUUUUGAUUAUACUUUAUCUCGUUACUUUGAUAGUAAGGGUAACACUUGUUGGACAACCCAUCAACUAUUUGUUCAUGGUACACAAAAAAUGUAUCCUGAACUAUCAGAAAAAUUAUUGGUUAUGUGUAAAAAGUAUACUGCAAUUGAAUAUUGUCCAGUUAUGAGUGAUGAAGAAAAAAGUCCCUACAUGGUUGAAUGGUGGCAAAAGUCUCAUGAUGAAAUUUGUAAAGCUGGAUUUACAUAUCAGGCAAUUGAAGAGUUUGUCAAAAAUUCAAAGAUUGAAUUAAGAGAUGGUGGAAAAGAAUUUAUUGAAAAAUUAGAUAAAGAUUUUCAUAUUCCUUUAAUAAUUUUUUCAGCAGGAAUUGGAAAUAUUAUAGAUAUAUUUUUUAAGCAACAACUUCAUUAUUCCCCACAAAACAUUCAUGUUAUUGCAAAUAUGAUGGAAUUUAAUAAUAAUGAUAUUUGUAGUUCUUUUUCAGAACCAUUAAUACAUACUUUUUGUAAAAAUUCAUCUGCCAUCAAAGGUGAUUCACUCGGUGAUCUUCAUAUGGAUGUUGGAGUGGAACAAGAAGGUGUUGUUCUUAAAAUAGGAUUCCUUAAUUUUGAUGUGGAUAAUUUAUUACCAAAAUACAUGCAAGGAUAUGAUAUUGUUGUUGUUAAUGAUCAGUCAAUGGAUGUGCCAAAUCAUAUACUUAAUCUUAUUGCGAAUUAA